CCAAAGGGAAAGGAAGUGGUGGAGUGAAAACUGCUAAAUUAUAUGCAUGGGUUGCGCUCCAGUCAUUGCCGGAAGAAAUGGUGAUUAGCCCGUGCUUACUGGACUUUCUAGAGAAAGCUCUUGAAACCAUUCCAAUUACACCCAUUGAAAGGAAUUACACAGCUGUUAGUUCACAGGAUGAAGACAUGGGACAAUUCGAUAUGCAAGAUCCCUUAGAAGAGUCUACAACAUCAUUAGUGUCGUCCUCGACAUCAGCAUAUUCAUCCUUCCCAGUAGAUGUGGUGGUUUACGUACGAGUUCAGCCCUCUCAAAUCAAGUUCAGUUGCUUGCCGGUAUCAAGAGUUGAAUGUAUGCUGAAGUUGCCUUCCCUGGAUCUUGUUUUCUCUUCAAACCGAGGAGAACUGGAAACAUUAGGCACAACGUACCCAUCAGAAAAUGUGUCAGUUGUUGGUAAUACUUCACAGAGUGGCUCAAAGAAUUCAGUUAGUAAAUCUGGAGCACCAGGUUCAUCACCUGGACUGGGCAGCCCCCUCGGCAGAACGCGGCACAGCAGCAGUCAGUCAGACUUGACUACUUCUAGUAGCAGCUCUUCAGGCCUGAGCUUUACUGCCUGCAUGUCCGACUUUUCCCUUUACGUGUUCCAUCCGUAUGGAGCUGGAAAACAAAAAUCUGCUGUUACUGUUCUAACCCCUGGGUCAGGAGCCUUAGGUAAUGUGGAUGAGGAGCCAACUUCGGUCACUGGCCGGAAGGAUUCUUUGAGCAUUAACCUUGAGUUUGUGAAAGUCAGCCUGUCACGAAUAAGGCGUUCAGGAGGUUCCUCCUUUUUUGAGAGUCAGUCUGCGAGCAAAACUACCAGCAAGAUAGAUACUACGUUGAUAAACAUAUCUGCUGUCUGUGAUAUAGGAUCUGCUUCUUUUAAAUAUGAUAUGCGCCGGCUCAGUGAGAUUCUAGCCUUUCCAAGGGCUUGGUACAGGAGGAGCAUUGCUAGACGGCUUUUCCUAGGUGAUCAAACAAUAAAUCUGCCAGCAUCGGGUCCUGGAACACCAGAUUCAAUUGAAGGGGUAAGCCAGCAUCUUUCUCCUGAAUCAUCACGGAAGGCAUACUGCAGGACAUGGGAGCAGCCCUGCCAAUCUGCUUCGUUUACACACAUGGCACAGUCACCUAAUGUUUUUAGUGAACAUAACGCAAGCAGCAGUAUGUCACCUGGGACAGCAUCUCAUAGCUUAAAGUCCCCAGCUGUUACAAGAUCCAGGAGCGUGUCUGACUCUUCAGUGCCUCAGAGAGAUACUCUCUCAAAAACAUCAACUCCGUUUAAUAAGUCAAAUAAAGCUGGAAGCCAGCAAGGAACACCAUGGGAAACACUGGUUGUAUUUGCUAUGAACCUAAAACAAUUAAACGUUCAAAUGAAUAUGAGCAAUGUGAUGGGCAAUACUACGUGGACUACCAGUGGUUUGAAAAGCCAGGGUCGUCUGUCUGUGGGUAGUAGCAGAGAUCGGGAAAUUAGCAUGUCUGUUGGCUUGGGAAGAUCACAGCUGGACUCCAGAGGGGGAGUUGUUGGUGGUACCAUAGAUGUUAAUACCCUGGAGAUGGUGGCUCAUAUUUCUGAGCACCCAAACCAACAGCCCAGUCAUAAAAUUCAAAUUACCAUGGGCUCUACUGAAGCACGUGUUGACUAUAUGGGGUCCAGUAUCCUAAUGGGAAUCUUCAGUAACGCUGAUCUUAAACUACAGGAUGAAUGGAAAAUUAAUCUGUAUAAUGCUUUGGACUCGAGCAUCUCUGAUAAAAGCGAAAUAUUUGUCCAUGGAGACUUGAAAUGGGAUAUCUUCCAAGUGAUGAUUUCAAGAUCGACUACACCAGACCUAAUAAAAAUAGGAAUGAAACUCCAGGAGUUCUUUACUCAGCAGUUCGAUACAAGCAAGCGAGCAUUGUCCACCUGGGGACCUGUCCCUUAUCUGCCUCCCAAGACAAUGGCCAACAACUUAGAGAGAAGCUCACAUGAGCAAUUGUUGGAUGCAGCCCAUCAUCGCCAUUGGCCAGGAGUUUUGAAAGUGGUAUCUGGGUGCCAUAUAUCCUUAUUUCAGAUGCCAUUGCCAGAAGAUGGAAUGCAAUUUGGAGGAUCCAUGAGCCUGCAUGGAAACCAUAUGACACUGGCUUGUUUUCAUGGACCUAAUUUCCGCUCAAAAUCGUGGGCCUUAUUUCACCUUGAAGAACCCAAUAUUGCAUUUUGGACAGAGGCCCAGAAAGUUUGGGAAGAUGGUACUAGUGAACAUUCCACCUAUAUCGUGCAAACCCUGGACUUCCAUUUGGGCCAUAACACCAUGGUCACCAAACCGUGUGGAGCCCUCGAAAGCCCUAUGGCGACAAUCACAAAGAUAACACGCCGCCGCCAUGAAAACCCCCCACAUGGAGUUGCCAGUGUGAAAGAGUGGUUCAAUUAUGUUACAGCCACAAGGAAUGAAGAGUUAAACCUGCUUCGAAACGUUGAUGCUAACAACCCAGAGAGCAGCACAACAGUGAAAAGCUCAAGCUUGCUAAGUGGCUUCAGGGGUGGCUCCAGUUACAACCAUGAAACUGAAACCAUCUUUGCAUUGCCAAGGAUGCAGCUGGAUUUUAAAUCUAUUCAUGUUCAAGAGCCCCAAGAGCCUUCAUUACAAGAUACAAGUGUUAAACCAAAGGUGGAAUGCAGUGUAGUAACUGAAUUUACAGACCACAUUUGUGUAACUAUGGAUGCUGAAUUGAUUAUGUUUCUGCAUGACUUGGUAUCUGCUUAUCUAAAAGAAAAAGAAAAAGCAAUUUUUCCUCCUCGCAUUUUGGCUGCUCGUCCAGGGCAGAAAAACUCUGUUGGUGUUCUUGAGGACAGCUCCACUGACAAAGAGGCAGAGGAGAGCAUUACUUACACUACAGUCGACUGGAGAGAAUUUAUGUGCAAUACUUGGCAUUUGGAACCCACGCUCAGAUUAAUAUCCUGGACUGGGAGAAAAAUUGAUCCCGUUGGUGUUGACUACAUCCUCCAAAAGCUGGGCUUUCACCAUGCAAGGACUACUAUUCCUAAGUGGCUGCAGCGCGGUGUCAUGGAUCCUUUGGACAAAGUUUUGUCGGUCCUUAUAAAGAAACUUGGUACUGCACUACAGGAUGAAAAGGAAAAGAAAGGAAAAGACAAAGAAGAAUACUAAAAAUAUAAUGUGACAACUGUAAUUCUGUUUGCUUUUAUCAAAGUGUUUUAUUAUAUUUUAAGAAUUUAAAUAUGGUUUAAAGAGAAACCUAACAGCUUUUUGCUACUCUAUUUAAAACUUACAUUGUGAGUAACUGUUUACUGUGGUACAUGAUACCAUUCUGUAUUUGAAGUUAUUGCAUGAUGAUGACCAAUGUAUAUUCUGUGAAGGAAUAGCUGGAACACUGUAAGUCUGUUCCUCAGCGUCCAGUUUUAUUACGUGCAAUAUGAUUCCUGCAUCUUUAAAAUACUUGCAGAUUAACUGUGAAUUUUCAUAAACUUUAUUUGCCAUAACACAAACCCCUUGAUGUGACAGGUAAUUGAUUUGUCAAUGUAGACUUGUGUAAAUUUUUUAUAUAUAUA